AUGAUGUGGCCGAAACCCAGGAUCCAUACCCUUCGUCUUUUUAAUCUAAGGACAAAUCGAUCAGUAUAUUUCAAGAGAUUCAACUCCAGCAAGGACAAGUACUCUUCUAUUGAAGAGUUUAAUAAGAAUAAAACUAAAUAUUCCUAUGGGUACAAUUUUGACUCCUUGAAGGAACUCGAUGACAAGACGCAACCAAAGGCAGAGCGCCCCAAGCCAAGUUCGAAUGACGAAACCAUCGAUAUCAAUGAAGCCAUCGAAAAUGAUCCACGUCUCACUAAACUAAAGCCGGGAUCGCACGAAUAUCGAGAAACUUUAUAUCAGCUCCACCAGGAAUUUAUUUCAAAGCAAAAAAGUCAGCAGAAGCGUCAUGAGUUCAACGAGAGAAUGAGAGGAGUAUUCUAUGGAGUAGCUGCGUUGGUUGGUGUUAUUUCAGUACACCAAAUAUUUAUGAAUUACGAGUCUAUCAAAAACCGGCUCUUGAUGAAUUAUACAUACAGGGAUAUGAAAGAUGAGGUAGUUGAUGUGCCAAAGAAGAACGUGAAAAGCACAAAGCAUUUGUUAGAAAAGCUAGAAAAGGAGUUGAGUAAUGAGCAUAUUGCACAGUUGCAAGAUUCUAAAGAAGUACCAGGUGUUUAUCAGUUUGGUGACAACACAAAAAUACCUCUCAGAAUCCCCGCGUUUAAUGGAAUGUUUCUAAAAGAUGUCUUUAUGGAGAGAGGUCACAUUAUCGCCAUAACUGAAAAGGGCAGAGUUGUUGAAUGGAAAAAGGGCCAACUGAAGGUGGCUGAGCGCAACUGGUUGGGAUUGUUAAGGUCUCAAACGUUCAAUAAAAUUGAUGCAAAGAAUGUGGUUCAAUUUUCGUCGGGACUUGACCACUUAUUGCUUCUUACUGGCAACGGUCAAAUAUUUGUGGUCAAUUCCUCCAAAGAGCCGAGAAAUGUAGGUCAGUUUGGCCCACAGUAUUCGCCAUUUGAUAAGAAGGAGAUUCCAGUGAAUAAGCCUAUAGACAUGACGUUAUUGAAUAAUGAGGUAGUGAAGGAUGGAAAUCAGAAGCGUAUUGUUUCGAGAAAAUUCACUGAUAUUGCCAGUGGCGAUUACUUCAAUAUUGUAUCAGAUGCCAAAGAUGGUGUAUGGACAUGGGGCGAUAAUACUUUUGGCCAAUGUGGAGAUUCAAACACUACUAAAUUUGAACCUGUUCCUAGGAAAGUUUUUGACAAGGAUGACUACAAAAGAAUCUGUAGAAACGUGUUUGGGAGAACGGCAAAGGAAGCUGAUUUUGAGGUAGCAAGAGUAUUGGCUUCGCAAGAGACAAGCUACAUUAUUUUAAGGUACAUGGAUCAAAGCGCAAUCUUGAGUUUGGGUAAUGGUCUCAAUGGCCAAUUAGGCGGAGGCAGAUAUCUUCACGUGUGCUCUUACCCUGAGAUUAUGAAGUCGUUGAUUGGCUUGAAGGAAUAUGACGAGGAUUUGAAUUCAGUCAAGAACAUCAACAUUAAGGAUGCUACUGUGGGUAAUGGCCAUAUGUUUAUUACAUUAAACAAUGGCGGGUCAAAGGAUGUCUUUGCAUUAGGAUCUAACCAAUUUGGUCAAUUUGGAAAUGGUAAGAGGGUUAAAGCGUGUAAGCCUACUAGAUUGCCUCGCUUACUUGAGCCUCAAGAUGGAAAUGACAAAUUGAGUCUUGCAAAAUCUAUCAACGACAUGAACACGCAAAGAUUGCAAUUGCUCGACGACCACAAAAUCGGCAAGCACAACAUUGAGCAGGUAAUUGUUGCUGGAGAUGAUUGUUCAAUGAUAUAUUACAAACUUAAAUAA